AUGCGGUACUUCAUUUCAGGUUGUACAUCACAACUCUUUGGCUUGAACUUGGGUUUCGGUGUGGUUACUGGUAUGCUGAUUGGAUUUGUGGUGUUUAGUUUAUCUUCUAUUUAUCACCCAACAAUAAACAGUUUCGUCUUCACCAUCGGCAGUGUUGAGUUUACACACAAUAACAGGUCUUUACACUUUAGAAGUCAUACUCCCCAAGUCACAAAGGAAACUGGACGAACACGGAAAUUUGGACAAAAAGACAAUUAUAGGAAUGAUACAAUCCCUACCCGAAGCACUACCAGGAACAUGGUAUUAGCUGAUGAUUCUAAAUUCCAUCACGAUGAUGACAAAGUAGCUAAAGAGCUGCGGCGCAAUGUUCGAGUUUUGUGUAUGGUUAUGACAAACACAAAACAUCUUAAUACCAAGGCUACUUAUGUGAAACAGACUUGGGCAAAGCGAUGCAACAAAGUUUUAUUUAUUAGUUCAGAAACAAACUUAACAUUCCCAGCGGUUGGAUUCAAUAUCCCCGAGGGACGGGAACAUCUUACUGCAAAAACAAUGAAAGCUUUUAAGUAUAUAUUUGAAAAUCAUUUUACUGAUGCCGACUGGUUUAUAAAGAUUGAAGAUAAUUCAUUUGUAAUAUUAGAAAAUCUGAGAUAUUUUCUGUCAUCGUAUUCUCCAAACGAUGCCGUGUAUUUUGGACAUAGCUUUAAGUCCAUUGUAAAGCAGGGAUUCUACUGUGGAGGAGGAGGGCAUGUCCUGAGUAAAGAGGCACUUCGCCGUUUAGCGAUAAGCGGUUCGUCUUACCAAAGUUGUCAAUAUGGAGAAGAUGUCGAUGUUGAAUUAGGAAAAUGCAUGGAAAUCCUGGGUAUAGAAACAACAGAUACAAACGAUGUUCUGGGGCGGAGCAGAUUUCACUGCUUUGAUCUUGAAAAACAGUUAUCCGGCGUAUUUCCUAAAUGGUAUUACAAAUAUGACGCGAAUGGAGCAAAACAGGGUACAGAUAGUAUCAGUGACUACACUAUAUCGUUCCAAGUGGCACCGCCAUUAAAGGUAAACAUGUAUAAACUGGAAUUUUAUAUCUACCAUCUUCGUCCAUAUGGUAUUGACAAAAGCCAUCAGUCACUGAAUAUCCUGCAUAGUCAUCUGUAA